AUGGAAAUCAAUAUUACAUCAACACAAACCAUUAAACCAUCAUCUCCUACAUCCAACGAACGCAAAACCUACAAACUAUGUUUGUUUGAUGUGUUUCAACUAAACACAUAUUUUCCAUUAAUCCUAUUUUAUCGCAAAACAAAUGACAUGCAAGAAUUCUCAAAUGUCUCAACAAAACUAAAGAACUCACUAUCUAAGACAUUAACAAUUUUCUACCCUCUUUGUGGUAGAAGAAAUGAUAUCUUCUCUAUUGAUUGCAACGACGAAGGCGUGAUUUACAUGGAAGUUUUGAUAAACAUGAAAAUGGAAGAGUUUUUAAGUCCGCCAAAAUUGGAAUUAAUAAAUAAACUUCUUCCUUGUGAACCAAACAAGACACAUCCUUACAAUGAAGUAUUGCCACAAAUGUUAGUCCAAGUGAACAUUUUCAGGUGUGGUGGAAUAGCUAUUAGUUUGUGCAAUCUCCAUACAAUACUAGAUGCAUAUUCUUGUAGUCUAUUCUUGAAAACAUGGUCUUCUAUUUGCAAUGGGUCAAUGGAUGAAAUUUGUGAGCCAAAUUUCUCAAUUUCUUAUUCGAUUUUCCCACCAAGAAACACCAGCGGGGUUAGGGAAGGCGUGUUGAAUAUUAACAAAGGAUUACAGAUAGAAUUGAAAUGCUCUACGAGAAGAUUUUUAUUUGAUAACAAGUCAAUCAACAAAUUGAAAGAAAUAUCCUCAAAAAAUGAUGAUGUAAAAAUAAAGUUACAUACAAGUUAUAAAGUAGUGUCUUCAUUUAUAUGUAAAUACAUGAUUGUAGCAUGCAUGAAGGAAACAUGUGAAGAAAGCAAAAGGCAAGUGGUGGUUUUGCAUGUUGUGGACAUGAGAAGAAGGAUGGGAGAGAGUUUGUUUCAAAACUCAAUCGGAAAUUUAUUAUGGCCAGCUAUGGUUGUUUUUGAGAAUGUCAAAAGGGAAACUAAAAUCAAUGAUAUGGUUAGAAUUUUGGGAGAUGGAAUUGGAAAGGUUAAUGAAGAAUUGUAUUUAAAAUUGAAAAAUGAUCCUAGUUUUUUAUGGAGUGAUGAGUGUGGUGAGUUAAUGCUUGAAGGAAUGGAAAAUGAAAAUCCAAUAUCAUUUGUAUUUACAAGUUGGGGUAAUAUGGGAUUUAAAGAGAUGGAUUUUGGUUGGGGAAAGCCUUUGUGGAUAGCUCAAAGAGGUGGUACAAAAGAAACUAUUCCAAAUACAGUUGUGUUGAUGGAAACAUGUGAAGGAGUUGAGGCAUGGGUGACAAUGGCUGAAAAACAUUUAGAUGAUUUGGAAAAUGAUGAAGAGUUCAACAAAUUUGCUAUUCUUAAUCCUAAUAUCAAUUUCAACCAUCUAGAUAUUUAA